AUGCACUCUGUUUGUGACGACGGUCAGAUGAAUUGUGCAAGGCACAUGCCAGCUUGUUCAUGUUCCGUGCACACGUUAAUGCUACAAAAGGCCAAAAGCGAUGCACUGAUCAUGUUCCAGAUUAUCAAGAAUGAUGAGCUCCAAGAACCCAGUUCUGAAACUUUUGUAACUGUAUAUCUUGGUAAAUUGAGGGGCUCUAAUGUUGCAAUAAAAAGAAAUGGCAUAUGUUUCCCCGGGAAGCCAUCUCAGCGAGACAAAAUGCAUGUCAAUGCUCUCUUGAGAGGGGUCAAUUAG